AGGCGCCGCCCUGGGGGUCCUGCGGACCACGCGCUCUGUCGGGCACAGCGCUGCGGACCCUGCGGGCUUCCACGCCGACCGCGGGACACACGGCUCACCUGUUGAGCAGAGAACAGCAAGCUGUCGGUCUGUUAGGGAGAAUCCUCUCCCUUUGCUGAGCACGAACGAAAGAUGUCGAAUGGCUACUCUGCAGACAAGAGUUUCUGCUAUCUCAUCUCGUGUUUCAGGGCCAGACUGAAAACGUACAUCCAGGUGGAGCCGGUACUGGACUACCUGAACUUUCUGCCCGAUGAGGUGAAGGAGCAGAUUCAGAGGACGGCCAUCAACGCUGGGAGCAUGCAGGCAGCUGAUCAACUUCUGAGCACUUUGGAGAAGGGAGGCUGGCCCCCUGGCUGGACCAGACAAUUUCUGGUGGCUCUUCAGAGAGCAGGCAGCGUUUUAGCCGCCCGCUACCUGAACCCAGAGCUCACCGACUUGCCCUCUCCAUCCUCUGAGAACGUUCAUGACGAGUGUCUCCAACUAAUGAACCUCCUCCAGCCCACCCUGGUGGACAAACUUCUGGUUAGAGAUAUCUUGGAUAAGUGUGUGGAGAAGGAACUCUUGACAAACGAAGACAGAAAUCGGAUUUCUGCUGCAGAAAGCAAUGGAAAUGAAUCAGGUGUAAGAGAGCUACUGAAAAGGAUUGUGCAGAAAGAAAACUGGUUUUCUGCAUUUCUGAUUGUUCUGCAUCAAACGGAAAACCACGCCCUUAUCCAAGAGCUAACAGGCACCCCUUGCUUUGAAAGCAAUGCAGAGACUGAGAACUUAUCCCAAGAAGGUGGCCCUGACAUUCAAGAGGCAGUUCUUUUAGCCACAGGUCAGCCAGGUCCAGAGAGAGAGGGCUGGGACAAGGAGAGUGAUUCGCUGGAAUCGUCUUUGGUAGAGUCUUCUGCUGUUUCAGAAUCAGACACAAGUUUGGCAGAAGGAAGUGUCAGCUGCUUAGAUGAAAGUCUUGGACAUAACAGCAACAUGGGCAGUGAUUCAGGCACCAUGGGAAGUGAUUCAGAUGAAGAGAAUGUGGCAGAAAGAGCAUCUCCUGAGCCAGAACUGCAUGUCAGGCCUUACCAAAUGGAAGUCGCCCAACCAGCCUUGGAGGGGAAAAAUAUCAUUAUAUGCCUCCCUACAGGAAGUGGGAAAACCAGAGUGGCUGUUUACAUUGCCAAGGAUCACUUGGACAAAAAGAAAAAAGCAUCUGAACCUGGAAAAGUUAUAGUCCUUGUCAAUAAGGUGCCACUAGUUGAACAGCUCUUCCGCAAAGAGUUUGAACCAUUUUUGAAGAAAUGGUAUCAUACAAUUGGAUUAAGUGGAGAUACCCAAUUAAAAAUAUCAUUUCCAGAAGUUGUCAAAACCUACGAUGUUAUCAUCAGUACAGCUCAAAUCCUUGAAAACUCCCUUUUAAAUUCAGAAAAAGGAGAUGAUGGUGUCCAGCUUUCAGACUUUUCCCUCAUCGUCAUUGAUGAAUGCCAUCACACCAACAAAGAAGCAGUCUAUAAUAACAUCAUGAGGCGUUACUUGAAACAGAAGUUGAAAAACAAUAAACUCAAGAAAGAGUGCAAACCAGUAAUUCCUCUACCUCAGAUACUAGGACUAACAGCUUCACCAGGUGUUGGAGGAGCCAAAAGGCAAGCUGAAGCCAAGGAACACAUUUUAAAAAUAUGUGCCAAUCUCGAUGCAUGUACCAUUAAAACUGUGAAAGAAAAUAUUGAUCAACUCAAAGACCAAAUAAAAGAGCCAUGCAAAAAGUUUGCAAUUGCAGAUGACACCAGAGAAGAUCCAUUUAAAGACAAACUUUUAGAAAUAAUGAACAAGAUUCAAAGUUUUUGCCAAAUGAGUCCAAUGUCGGAUUUUGGAACUCAACCCUAUGAACAAUGGACCACUCAAAUGGAAAAAAAAGCUGCACGAGAAGGAAAUCGCAAAGAACGUGUUUGUGCAGAGCAUUUGAGGAAGUACAAUGAGGCCCUACAAAUUAAUGAUACAAUUCGAACAAUUGAUGCAUAUAAUCACCUUGAAGCUUUCUAUAAUGAUGAGAAAGAGAAGAAGUAUGCGGUCCAAGAAGAUGAUAGUGAUGAGAGUGGUGAGGAUGGUGAUGGUGAUGGUGAUGAAGAUGAAGAUGAUGAAAAGAAACCUUUGAGCCUGGAUAAGACAGAUAGAUUUCUCAUGGAUUUAUUUUUUGAAAACAGGAGACUGUUGAAAAAGCUGGCUGCAAACCCAAAACAUGAAAAUGAAAAGCUGACCAAAUUAAGAAACACCAUAAUGGAACAAUAUACAAGGACUGAGGAAUCGGCCCGAGGAAUAAUUUUCACAAAAACAAGACAGAGUGCAUAUGCCCUUUCCCAGUGGAUUACUGAAAAUAAAAAAUUUGCAGAAGUAGGAGUCAAAGCCCAUCAUCUGAUUGGAGCUGGACACAGCAGUGAGUUCAAGCCCAUGACACAGAAUGAACAAAAAGAAGUCAUUAGUAAAUUCCGCACAGGAAAAAUAAAUCUGCUUAUCGCUACCACAGUGGCAGAAGAAGGUCUGGAUAUUAAAGAAUGUAAUAUCGUUAUUCGUUAUGGUCUCGUCACUAACGAAAUAGCCAUGGUCCAGGCCCGUGGUCGAGCCAGAGCUGAUGAGAGCACCUAUGUCCUGGUUGCCCACAGUAACUCAGGAGUUAUUGAACGUGAGAUAGUUAAUGAUUUCCGAGAGAAAAUGAUGUAUAAAGCUAUAGACCAUGUUCAAAAUAUGAACCCAGAGGAGUAUGCUCGUAAGAUUUUGGAAUUACAGAUGCAAAGUAUAAUGGAAAAGAAAAUGAAAAUCAAGAGAAGUAUUGCAAAGUACUACAAGGAAAACCCAUCAUUAAUAAAUUUCCUCUGCAAAAACUGCAGUGUGCUAGCCUGCUCUGGAGAAGAUAUCCACGUUAUCGAGAAGAUGCACCACGUCAACAUGACACCAGUGUUCAAGGAAUUCUACAUUGUGAGAGAAAACAAAGCACUACGAAAGAAAUUUGCAGACUAUCAAACAAAUGGCGAGAUUAUCUGCAAAAAAUGUGGCCAAGCUUGGGGGACGAUGAUGGUGCACAAAGGCUUAGAUUUGCCUUGUCUCAAAAUAAGGAAUUUUGUAGUGGUUUUCAAAAAUAAUACGCCAAAGAAACAAUACAAAAAGUGGGUAGAAUUACCUAUUACAUUUCCCGAUCUUGACUAUUCACAAUAUUGUUUGUGUAGUGAUGAGGAUUGACAUUUGAUUUGAGAACCUUUAAAAAUAUUAUCAACUUAACAUUUAAUAUGAUACUGAUUAAUAUUUUUACUAUACUCCAGAACUGAUGUGAGGAUUAAUAAAAUCAUUGCUUUACUUUCCGUUGAGCUGCAUGAAGGAAGAUAAUAUAAUAUGCUUUCAAGAAUCUAUCUUGUUGGUGGGCAGGGGUAAAGAAUACUCACCAAUAAUAAUUAGUGUGGAGCAUUACGGUAUGUGGAAAGAAUGCUGGAGUAUAAAUGAGGAUCCAAGGUAUCGCUAUCAGUCCUGUCACCCAUCUUCAAAAUAAAAUUAACCAAAUCAGUUCAUCUUUUUGAACCAGUGUCCUUGUUGGUGAAAUGGUUGUAUUAUUAUUUGCCUUGGCUUUCAUUAGUUUUCUAUUGCUACACAACAAAUUACCACAAACUUAGUGGCUUAAAACAACAGCCCUUUAUUAUUACACAUGUUCUGUAGGUCAGAGGCCUGGACAGGGGCCUCUGCACAGGGUCUCAGAAGGCUGAAAUCAAGUUGUGGAGCAGGUGAUGCUUUCAUCUGGAUGCACUGGGCCAAGAAUGACUUCCAAACUCUCUCAGGCUGUUGACUGUCAUCUCCUUAUAGCUGAAGAUGAAGAUUCCGGUUUUCUUGCUAGCUGUCCACUGGGGAUCACUCUGAGCAACGAGGGCUGCCCUCACCAUGUGGCCCGCUCACAGCUCCUUGCUUCUUCAAAGCCAGCAGGACAAUCUCUCUUUUGUGUGCUAAGAAAAUCUUAACUGGAAUCACAGGAGUGACUAUCUCAUUAUAUUUAUAGUUUCUGCCCACACUCAAAGUGAGGGGAUUUUGAGGGCAUAUACACCAGCAGGCAGAAAUCUUGGAGGCCAUCUUAGAAUUCUGCCUCUCCCACCACUUGUUCAGCUUUUGUGAGUAAGUGAUGAUAUAUGUGUACAUAUGAAACCACUUUGAAAAAUAUGAAGCACCAUCAAAGGUGAGGUAUUAUGAAGCAGCAUCAGGUAACUCAAGGCUUAUUUUUCAGCUUUCCCUCCAUGAACAUAGCACUAUGCUCAAGGAAGAUUACCUGUGUCGGUGGAGAUGUUUUGGGAUCACCCAGGAUUUAGCAGGGAGUAGAUGCUGGAUGUUAUUAGAGAAUAAAGAGAAAAUGUCUACCUCCUUUUGUCCCUAACCCCAGGUAGAAGGGUAACCUCUCUGUGACUGUGAUAUUUUCAGUGUUUCCAAACUAAGUAUGACCAUCUGGAGACAGACACAGGGCCCAGCCUUCAGGACAUUCUCCCAGUAGACAAGUAGCCGCUUUUAGCAUGAAGACCCACAUGACUGACACAGAGCCACAACUGACCAUUUUAACCCACACUUAUUCGGAUGGUCUGCUGCAUGGAAAGUGUUACCUCCUACGACUAAGGAGAAACAAAAUGUUGGAGGGAGUGAAAAGAAAAUUCUUCUGUGGUUUUGAUGGAUUCAUUAACAUUCAGUCUAACAUUAGCUUUUGUUGAUAAGAACCAAGCAAAGAUGAAUAUCAACCAAUCAGAACUCUUGGGAAUGCAGGAGGACAAAAGAAGAUUGUGGUUUUCUUAAAAUACUUUUAAAAACUCCAGCUGACUCCAUUUAAAGUAUUGCUGUCUUCUAGAACAUUUUGGAAACUAUGCAGGAAACCAAAUGCAUAAAAUAGCUAAAUGUACUACUGUAACAUAUGUAGACUGCUUUUGAGGUGUCAACAAAUAUCAGGUUUUUUCAUCUGUGUUUUCCAGUAAUUUCUUUUUCAAUAAAGAAGUGUUACUU